UGAGUAGGGACAGACGUCAGAGGUCUCAGAAAGUUGAAUCUUUAAUUAAAGAGGAGGGCGAAAUGUCAGACAAUGAGGAGGUACUUGAGCAGUUUAAGGAAGUGGAUGGAGUGGUGUGAAGAUGUUAUGAUUGAUGAAAUUAAAACCCUUCGUCGUCUCCAAAGAUUGCAGACUACUAGUGCUGAUCUCCACAAGGAUAAGGUGCUUUCAAAAAUUCGGAAUUAUUUGCAGCUUCUUAGAAGGAGGAUAGAUGGAAUUGUCAGAGAACAUGAAGUUGAGCUUUAUAGAAAAGAUAGGAUGACAAUGCGGUUAUGGAACUAUGUCUCGACAUUCUCGAAUCUUUCUGGUGAGAGGCUGCAUCAGAUUUAUUCCAAGUUUAAGCAGGAGAGGGGAGAAGAGGGAGGGGUCGGACCCUCACAUAUGAAUGGCUUUAUGUCUGGUCAUGUCCAUAGAGAUGGUGAUCCUGACUACUUCCCUCCUUUCUCACGUUCUGUUGAGAAUCAAAGAGGGUACAAGAAUGCCAUGGCUCAUCAAACAUCACAACCAAUUCACAAAGGCAUUGAUGCUGCAAAGUUUGAAGCUUGGAAACGGAGGCAGAGAGCGGAAGUGGAUAUUCAUGCUCAAUUACAGCCCUCGACUCAAAGACCUAUGGACAAUGGCAACCGUGUAGUGGAUCCAAACUCCUUGGGGAUUCUUGGGGCAGGACCAUCAGAUAAAAGUCUUGUUAGUAAUGAGAGACUACAUCGAACGCGUUAA